UUCCUCUCCUCACGCUCCCCAGAGUCGACCAUCCCCCGCGUACGCAUCUCUCCUAACGGCUGUAGGUCCGCGUAUGCGAAAGCCUCUUCCCCAGGACGUUGUUCCUUCUCGAAGGAAUCGAUAGGUCUUCAUUCCAAUGAAGACUUGCGAUUACGAGAAGCUCGUUCUGGGAAAGCUUCCAGGACUCCUCCCCUCAUGCGACUUGCAUGACUCGGCAGCGUCGCUCUUUUUUCUCGACAAGUUUGUCCGUUCUUUUCCGCUCUUCUGGUUUUUUCUGUCGCUCCUUUGCCUCUAUACCUGGUUGUCGCUGGUGUCUUUUCUGACUCAGUCCUUGGACGGGGACGGCGUCAACGUCCACACCAUGACGGUCAAGCGCUCAUUUAUCUCCAAGGAUCGAGUCGAGAAAUCCUUCAGAUCGGCUAAGAAGGCUUUUGGUGGACAUGGGCGUGUGAAAGCGAAGAAGAUGCAGGAGAGGGCGGACAGUCCGCCACCGGACAGGUAAGUAACUUUUCCUGAUACAGUUUCUAUAUGUGAAUCUCGGUUUUAGUUCUUCAUAUUGUCGCUCUUUCCCCUCAUGAGCCCUAUAGUCAGCUUGAUUGUAGGUCCGGACCAGCGUCUA